AUGAGCUCGCCCCCAAACCCUCCCGGUCCUCUCACACCCCCUGCAGAACCCUCAUCACAAGCACCUCAGUCUGCACAAGCCUCCCAAGGGACAGCACAGCCCCAAGUUGAAGCACUUCUCUCUCAGCCCUUGACCUCACUGUCAGACGAUGGAAAUUCAAACAGACCGCGAGAUCACCGAUUGAUCCAUCUCCUACUCGUGUCUCACGGUAUCGCAGCGUACCAGCAGCGCGUCCCUCUCCAGCUCAUGGAUUUUGCCUACCGAUACACUAGCUCUGUGCUCAGUGACGCCUUACAUAUUCAAAAUGAGGCCUACGACCAAGCAGACGGAGGUGCUCAGACUAAAGGUCGGGGCGCCAAGCCAAAUCAAAACAAAGGCGAAGAAGGCGACAUAAGCAUCGCGGCUCUGCGCAUGUCAAUAGGCUCGAGGAUGGGGUACCAGUUCCAGGGGAGUCUGCCAAAGGAGUUCUUGAAGCAGUUGGCGGACGAGAGAAAUCGAAUAUCACUACAGCCGCGGGUGAGGGAUGGCGACAAGGUGGGGCCCAUGAUUGGAGGUGUCCGGCUUCCGCAUGAAAAAUAUUGCCUCACCGGCGUGGGCUGGGGUCUGAAGGACGACUGGGACAGCGAAGGCGAGGAGAGCGUCGAUCAGCCGGAGGAAGGAGAGCGACCUGAACCGGAAGACCUCAUGCAGGUGGAUGACAAGGAAGGAGACGAAGAUGAAGAAGGAUUGGGCACAAUGGAGGAUGUGUUUGGUCCCGACGAUGGAGGCGGAGAUAAAGAAGCGGACGCAGAUGGAGAUGUGGACCUGUCGUAG